GGUCGUUGAUUCACAACCCUGGACUAAGUACUUUCAGUUUCACAUAAUUGUAAAUCCGUUAAAAGGUUGUUGUACAAUUCUCUCUUUGGUAAAUCAGGGAAAUCCAGAAAGCCUUACAACAUUGGAGGGGUAAAUAAGACUCUAACAAGCCAGCGAAAGACAGAAGAGAGAAGCCAGACCUCCACCAAGAAAGAUCAGACCAGAAAACACACUGAACAUGGCACCAGAGAUCCACAUGUCAGAGCCACUGUGCCUCAUUGAGAACACUGAAGAGAAGCUGGUGGUUAAACAAGAAGCUCUGGGGAUCCUGUCUGCCAUCACCCAGCCCGUCGUGGUGGUGGCUAUCGUGGGCCUCUACCGCACAGGCAAAUCCUACCUGAUGAACAAGCUGGCUGGGAAAAGAAAAGGCUUUUCUGUUGGCUCCACGGUGCAGUCCCACACCAAGGGGAUCUGGAUGUGGUGUGUGCCUCAUCCUGAGAAGCCAGGCCACACCCUAGUUCUGCUUGACACCGAGGGCCUGGGAGAUGUAGAGAAGGUUGAUGAUAAGAAUGAUGCCCAGAUCUUUGCACUGGCUAUCCUGCUGAGCAGCACCUUUGUAUACAACACCAUGAACAAAAUUGACCAGGGUGCUAUUGACCUACUCUACAAUGUGGCAGAACUCACAGAUCUGCUCAGGACAAGAAACUUACCUGAUAUUAAUGAGACUGAAGAUAACAUUGACUUACUGAGCUUCUUUCCAGACUUAGUGUGGACUCUGAGAGAUUUUUACCUGGGUCUGGAAACAGAAGGAAAACUCAUCACACCGGAUGAGUACCUGGAGAACUCAUUGAAACUCAAAGAAGGAAGCAAUGAGAGAAUUCAAAAUUUCAAUUUGCCCCGUCUCUGUAUAAAGAAGUUGUUUCCAAGAAAGAAAUGCUUUAUCUUUGACUCACCUGCUAACAAGAAGAAGCUUUCCCAGCUUGAGAAGCUGAAUGAUGAUGAGCUGUAUCCUGAGUUUGUGCAACAAGUGGCAGAAUUCUGUUCUUACAUCUUCAGCCACUCCACAGCCAAGACUCUUCCAGGAGGCAUCAUGGUCAAUGGACCUCUUCUGGAGAAGCUGGCACAGACAUAUGUCAAUGCCAUCAACAGUGGGGAUCUGCCCUGCGUGGAGAACUCAGUCCUGGCCUUGGUCCAGAGAGAAAACUUGGGUGCAGUGCAGAAGGCCUUGGCCCACUAUGACCAGCAGAUGGGCCAGAAGGUGCAGCUGCCCACAGAAACCCUCCAGGAGCUGCUGGACCUGCACAGGGCCUGUGAGAGGGAGGCCAUGGAAAUAUUCACAAAGAACUCUUUCAAGGAUGAGGACCAAAGCUUCCAGAAAGAAUUACAGACCCUACUAGAUGCGAAGAAGAAUGACAUUUAUGAGCAAAACAAGGAAGCCUCUUCAGAACGUUGCUUGACUUUACUUCAGGAUAUUUUUGGUCCUCUGGAAGAAAAAGUGAAACGGGGGAUUUAUUUUAAACCAGGAGGACAUAAUCUCUUCCUACAAAAAAUGGAAAAGUUGAAGGCAAAUUACUAUCAGCAGCCAAGGAAAGGAGCACAGGCUGAGGAAGUUCUGCAGAAUUACCUAACGUCCAAGCAAUCUGUGAGUGAUGCAAUUCUUCAGACAGACCAGGCUCUCACCGCCAAGGAAAUAGAAAAGGAAGAGGCUCAGCGGAGAGCAGAGGCUCAAAGGGCCGAAGCUGAAAGACUGGCGGCCAUUGCCAGGGAGAAUCAGCGAAUCAUGGAGGAGAAGGAGAGGCUCCAUCAGCAGCAAGUGAGACAGAUGGAGAUAGAAAGAGCAAACUUUCUGGCACAGCAGCAAAGGGAACUGGAACGUCGGCUCCGGGAGGAAGCUGAAAGGCAAAGAGCACUGGCUGAAGCUGAACUCAGAAGACAGCAAGAGGAGUUAGAACGUUUGAGAUCUUAUAGACCACCAUCUGAUGACUGUAUCUUGCUCUGAAGUGCUAAAUAUUGGAGGUUCCCUUUUUUUUUCUCCUUUUUUUACUGCAGACACAAAGGAACAAGAAACAUAAAACUUGGGACAAUCAUCAUCUAAGUAAUUCCAAUGCCUCCUGUCUAACUUUCUGUAUUUGGUUUAGGGUAUUAAAAGUUAACUGGGGGCUGGAUUAAAUGGAAUGCUACCAAGA